UUCCUGUGGAGUGGUACACCCAGGUUUGAGACUGCAUAGCACCUCAAACGGCCUGAUUUCUAUUUUGAUCAAAUUUUUUAAAAAGUGUUUCCAAAGGGUCAACAUACACACACUAUUCCAGAGGCAAUUAUACCACUUUUAAAAGGUCUUGUGGUAAAGAUAAACAUCUCUUUGCCACUGCUACUGCUUCUAGGCUUCAGGUCUGUUUGUUGCCAAGUUACUGCCUUUGUUCAUGGGACAAGCUAUCCGGAGAAAUCAUUAAUCCAUGCCCAGCCUUGUCUUAGUUCCUUGUUCCUGGUUCCUUCUACUGGCAAGAGUAAAGUGCACUGAACAGAAACUAGAGAAAUACAACCUGCAGCCAUGGGCGAUAGCCAGGAAAACAGUUAUGAGAGGAGAGAAUACAAAGCAGGGUCCAGCUGGGGUCGCCAUGGCCCGCCAUCUCUCUAUCUCCAGCUGCCAAGCAACCAGACACUGCGUUUCCGUGGCAACAAGGCAGCGGCCUGGGGAGCCGCUUGGGAGGGGGCAUCCAAACCUGAGGUUGACCCUCAGGAACUUGUCCCGGAAUUUGUAGGAGGGGAGGAAGAGGAAGACAGCAAGCCAUUGAAAGAGCUGCCCCUCUGCCUUGAGGAGAAACGGAAGCUCAGAGUUCUGCAGGAGCAAGCAGCCAGCAGGCUGAGUGGUUGGGAGCUCUGGCAUGUGUGGAAGCGGAGGACACUCCGGCGUGUGAGGAGCCAAGCGAGCUCAGCAGUCGCCUAUGGAGAGAUGUGGAGGAGCACGCUUCGCCACAUUGGAGGCCAGUUUGGAACAGGGAUCCAGUCCUACUUUAACUUUCUCCGUUUUUUGGUCUUGAUGAAUUUUGUUGCCUCCCUGCUGGUGGCGGGGUUUGUAAUUGCUCCGAAUGCGGCCUUUGAAGCCUUGUCACUCAAUCGGACAAGUCACCAGAACAGCAGUUUAGUGAAUGAAGCUUGUCUGGCUUACAACCCCACACCCAGAGGCUUGGUCAGCUUUUUUUCCUACGUAAUGGACCUUCUGUCAGGCAAGAGUUUCAUGGAGCUCACGUACCUCUUCUAUGGCUACUACCAAAAUUCAGCCGUCGAUUUUGUCGGCUUCUCGUACAACUGCCCCCUGGCGUAUGUACUGACAGCACUCUUCUACCUCCACUUCUCCCUGAUGUGGAUUGUACGGAGAUCAGUCUAUUGCCUCAAACGUAGCCUGGUUAGUGAAGAUGCUUCCCUCGGAUCCUACAGCAACAAAGUCUUUGCUGGCUGGGAUUUUGGCCUGGUGGAGCACAAGGCAGCACAAUUAAAGCACAACAGUAUUCGCUACGAACUGCGGAUGGAUCUAGAAGAGGAGGCAGUUCGCAGGCGCCAGGCAGAGAUGACCACGGCACAGCGCUCCAGGCUCUAUGUCCUCCGUGGGGUGCUCAAUAUUCUGGUUGUGGGUCUGCUAGGAGGAUCUUUCUACUGCAUCUACCUGGCAGCGACAUAUUCCCAGUCACUUCUGGGAGGGACAGACUCCCAAGUCAAAGGCCAAUUUGCCCUGGAGCUUCUGGUGGCUUAUCUCCCGUCGGUUGUCAUCACAGCUGCCAACCUCAUUGUCCCAAUGAUCUUUGAGAUCAUUGUUCAGCUAGAGAAAUACCCGCUCAGCUUCCAAAUCAAAAUCACGCUUCUCAGGAGCGUCUUCCUCCGUCUUGCAAGCCUGGUGGUUCUUCUCAUCUCUCUCUGGAGCCAGAUCACCUGUGGUGGAGAUAAACAGAACCCUGAGUGUCAGAAAUGUGGCUAUAACAAUCAUCUCCAUCCGUGCUGGGAGACCUCUGUGGGGCAGGAAAUGUACCGGCUGAUGAUCUUUGACUUGCUUGUCAUGCUGCUUGUCAUGCUGUUUGUGGAGUUUCCAAGAAAGUUGCUGGUGACUGCCUUCCCUACCUGCCGCUUGCUGAAAUUCUGGGGGCAGCAGGAGUUUGUGGUGCCUGGCAAUGUCCUGGACCUGGUGUACGGGCAGACCCUGUGCUGGACGGGGGUUCUUUUCUGCCCGCUGCUGCCUGUACUCAAUACCAUCAAGUAUAUUGUAGUCUUCUACUUGAAAAAGCUAACCCUCUAUGCCAAUUGUCGUCCGGCCGAACGGACGUUUCGUGCCUCCAGCUCCAACUUCUUCUUCCUGUUGGUUUUGCUUUUGGGUCUGGCUAUUUCCUGUGUCCCUGCCCUCUACAGCAUGUUUGUUUUGCCUCCUUCGAAGGCCUGUGGUCCAUUCCGGGGGGAGCCCACUAUGUGGAACACUGUCAGCAGUGCUAUCUCUGAGUUACCCCGCACUGCCCGGGACUUCUUUGGAUAUGUGGGCUCCAUAGCAUUUGCUGUGCCCUUGUUCCUGCUAUUGAGCAUCCUCAUGUUCUUCCUCAAGGCACUGGCUGACUCCUACAGCUCUGUGGUCAAAGGCCUUAAAUGGCAGCUCCGUUUGGAGGGUCAGGACAAACUUUUCCUGGUGAAACAGAUCUCUGAGCUGAGCCAGUGAAGCAAAUGGAUGCAUAAUGAGAGAUCUCUUCUUCUCAUCAGAAAGAAUGUUAGGAUAUCACUGAUUUUGGCAGUAUUGAUUCUGCAGAUUCCAUCAGCUCUGUUCUUCCAUACUGGAUCCCCUGGCUUUUUCACCAUUCUUCAUAGACAGGACUCUGACCAAUUUUGCUCUAUGACAAAUGUAUUGUUAUGUUUUAUGGGUGCCAGAAUGGUCUCACGUACACAGAUCCUUGACCCAGCUUUGAAGUGAAAUGCUGCUAGAUAUGUAACUGACACAAGAAACAAACACCUGUUGGG